AUGGGCAAAAACCUGAACAGAGCUGAAGUCAUCUUUGCUUCCUGCUGCCCAAGACCAAAUGGAAAAACUUGUUUGGUGACGGGUCCAAUAAGUCCAAAUAGCACAUAUGUUCUAUUAUUAGCGUUCUACGGCGGGAUCGCGGCUGGCUUCGUGUGAUAGUGACGUGAGAGGACACAGUUCGCGAGGGAAGACCGCCCGAAGAUCAUUGGGCGUUCACGUGAAGGCGCCAUGAACACUUUCAAAGGUGAGCGUCUGAGUUCUGCGUCUCGAAGGCUGGCACAGUGUCUCCAUCCGUGAUAUCUUAUCCGCUGCACUCCUUGUUUUGGAUGUCAUUCGAUGCUCCGCCCUCUGGUCCUUACGCUCAGAACCAUCUGAAUGUCCGCGUAUUUAAGGGCGACAAGGAUCAGCCCUUCUAUCAUGUUUAGCUGUAUCAACCUCAGCUCAUCUGCAUUUUGCAGGAAAUGAAGUUCCAAGUCGCUCCAGAACUGCUCAACAGCUACAAGGCUGACAUGAGGACUCAGUCCGACGACGACGACGACGGCGUGAUCCGAACCACCGUACCGCUCUGUGCAGAGACCUUCCCCAAAGUCCUUUCUGCAAUUGAUACUUUCAUCUUCGACGCCGACGGUCAGUUUUUUUGAGCUUUGAGAGUUUGUUACACCAAAUUUCCUUCAGGAGUGCUCUGGUUAGGAGAAGGUGUGAUUCCAGGGUCUCCUAGACUCAUCGACUUCCUCAUUCGUCAUCGGAAGCAAGUCAUCGUGCUCACAAACAAUGCGACCAAGUCCCGCGCUUUGUAUGCCAAGAAGCUCUCGAAGCUCGGCUACAAUAACAAGCUCAACAAGGAAACUUUGGUUAACCCUGCGGCCGUCGUCGCCGACACGCUUCAUCGUGCCAACCUCAAAGGAAAGAAGGUCUACAUGAUUGGAUCGCAAGGGAUGCGCGACGAGAUGGACGAACUCAACAUCGAGUAUUUUGGUCACGGACCAGAACCGCAAGACCAUUCCGACGGUAGCGCCUUCAUGUACGACAUCGAGUUGAAGGAGAAGCCGAGCGACGUUGGCGCAGUGGUCGUUGGUUACGAGAAGCACUUCAACUACCACAAGCUGAUGAAAGCGUCGAAUUACCUGAGGAAUCCAGACUGUCUUUUCGUGGCCACCAACGAGGACGAAACGUGUCCUGGUCCUAACCCUGAGGUCAUCAUUCCAGACGCCGGACCUCUGGUCGCUGCCGUCAGAUGCGCCUCCGGCCGCGAUCCCCUCACAGUCGGCAAACCAAACUCUCCGGCAUUCGACUACAUUUGCCGCAAAUGGCGUAUCGAUCCCAAACGGACCAUGAUGGUCGGUGAUCGGUGAGUGCUUUUCUUGCAUUCGGAAAUAGUUCGACAAUUUUUUUUAGAUAUUUUUCUCGAUUUUUAAAACGAAAAAGAAUUUUAAAAGAGAGAAAAUUCAAUGAGUUGCAAUUUAAAAAAUUUCCGUGCGACUUGAGAUAUUCAACUUGAAGUUUCAGAACCAACACUGACGUCAAAUUCGGUCGUGAUCAUGGACUGAAGACUCUUCUGGUGUUGUCAGGCUGUCACCAGAUCGACGACAUCCUCGAAAACCAGAUGAAUGACCGCGACGACAUGAUCCCUGACUACUACGCUCCUUGUCUUGGCGCCCUUCUACCUUCCCGUGCUCAACACGUUUGA